UCCGUUCAGACACCGAACCGGCAGCUGGUCGGAGCGGGGCUCCCUCGGUGCGGGCGAACCGUCGGCACGGCCCGGCGCGGCGUCACCCCGGACCAUGGCGGCGCCUCCUGUGUUGUUCUUCUAUGUGGCGACUCUCUGCCACCUCACAGUCAGCUCCGCGUCUUCGCCCUCCGGUGACCGGCCUCCCCGGAUCACCGAGCACCCAUCGGACACCACAGUGGCACGGGGCAGCCCUGCAAUGCUCAACUGCAAGGCGGACGGGUCCCCAGCGCCGUCCAUCCACUGGGAGCGGGACGGUCGUCCUGUGGAGGCGCCCUCCCCGACCUGGGUGGCCCUGCCCAGCGGGUCGCUGUUCGUACUGGCCGUGGCGAGGGCGGAUGCCGGACGAUACCGCUGUGUGGCCGUCAACAGGGCAGGAGAGGCGAGCAGCAGAGAGGCGGUGCUGACUGCUGCAGUUUUGCGGGAGGAGUUUCGCGUCUCGCCCCAGGACACAGAGGUCAGCGUGGGGUCACGGGUGACUCUGCGCUGCUCCCCACCCAAGGGCGAUCCACCACCGACUGUGGGGUGGAUCAAGGAUUACUCACAGGUCGACUUCAACGAGCCUCACAGCCGGUUCUCGCUGGCCGGAGAGGGUGACCUGGUCAUACCGAACGUCACCCUGAGUGACACGGGCACCUACUGGUGCGUGGCCAAGAACUACGCCGGGAUGAAGAGACGCUCCCGACCUGCACAGCUUGCCGUCAGCGAGUUGCCGCCUCCUCCGGCCAAUGUCACGGCGGUCCCCGCGGACGGGAGGUCAGCCCUGGUGACCUGGGAGGUGACCGGUGACCCCGCGAUGACCCCUCUGCAGCCCGAGGGGUACCAGGUGUACGCCAGGUCAGAGGCGGGUCAUCGGAGUCGACUGAGGGCUGACGCCAACACCUCUCAGGUGACGCUGUCAAACCUGACCACCGGCGCCACCUACACCAUCUGGGUGACCUCUGUGUCCCCGGGAGGGGAGAGCGUGCCCUCUCCUCCGGUCACCCUGCAGCUGCCGGAUGCCGCUCCUCCCCUCUCCCCGCCCGUCUCCCUGGACCUGCCGCCGCCCGGCCCGGACGGUGACCUGACCUCUGACCUGGCCCCGGUGCCGGCGGGAGGACCUCGCCGGCCCCCGGCGGGUCACAUCUGGCUAGCCGCUGCCGUGUCGACCCUGGUCCUGCUGACACUGAGCGGUCUGGCCAUCAGUGGAUGGGUCAGACGGGUGCGCAGGAAACAGCAGUCAGAAUCGGACGAGAAGCGACGUGAUGGCGUCUCGCUGCUGCCCAGCUCGGUCCGACCGGCCUCUUGGAUGGAGGGCAGUGUGUGGAGUGCCGAGCUGACCGGCAGACGGACCGAGAGCGACCGAAAUCCGCCUACCGGCACGGGAGGUCGGGGCCGAGGGCUCGUGGACAGCGUACCGUCGCCGACACCGUACGCUACCACGGCGUUAUUGCAGACGGGCAGCGACGACUCGUGGAUGGACUCGUGUCGCAAAUCCCGCGACAUCUCCACCUCCUCCUUCGGCGUGUUCUCCACCAGAGGCAGCGGCAGGAGCUCCGACUGUUCAGCUCGCUACAGCCGACCACACAGAGUGACAUCACAGAACGGUGACGUCAUCAGGGUCACCGCUCCUCGGCAGGGAGUGGAGGACGACACCGCAGAGGUCAUGGCCUGCGGUGUCUUCCCCUUCGAGUGCCAGCCGGGCACGCGGGGACAUACCGAUCCCUUGUGGAGGGUCAGGGAGCACCAGGGGGUGCCACGGGACGCCUACCAGCCGCUGCUGGGUGACCCCUCUCGCAGAGGCGGUGAGAGUUGCGCGGCAGGCUCACACCAGGGACGCCUGUCGUUUAUAGGCGAGGGCCCGGUCUCGGCUGACCGGCGCGACAUCUACAGAGAGGAGGGAAGCAGCUUUUACGGACCGAGCUCUGCGGGAGGUCCGAGCCAGGACAACAAACGAGCUUCAGCCAGAUACUGAGCUUUCUGGUGCUGUGUUGGCGGGAUAAGUUGUGUUUUAUGUGUGGACAGCCCGACACGCAUAACAAAGUGAGCUUGUUGGGCGCCAUAGGUGCCUAGCCGAGUGCAGUGUUACAUAAAAAAGCGUGCGUGUAACGCAGGGUGAUACGAAUAAUUGUGAAUGGAACUCUACCACGAUAAAUAGACGGACAGGACAGCACGUUCGAAUCAGCCAUCGCAAACAUAUCGCCGGGUUGUUGUGACGACUUUCAGUUUUACAUGCAGUAUAGAAACAUUUUUUUUUAUCCAAUUCUGCUAUCAUGUUAUACUGUAGAAAGUCUUUUUAACGUUUCCAUUCACGUUCCACUUAUGGUCGAAAUGCGAUAGGUAGAAUCAAGCGUUUCACUUUUCGGUAGUAUAAAAGGGCAAUUCAAUUGUUUGCCAAAGUUAAAAGAGCUCUAUAGUGAGGCGAUGUCUUACGAUAAUGUGAAGCAAGUGAUCGUGCCAGAGUACUAUAAAUAUAUAUCGUGCUAACGGCGCUAGCAAUGACCAGCUUUAGGCCAAACGUUGUUGCUGGUCCGUGGACUGGACAUCGGAAUAAGGUGUCCAUCUCAUCAUGUUCAAUGGAAUGCAAGAUGUGAAUCUAUAUAAUACAGUUGGACAGUGCU